CAGAGGAAGUUACGGCAAAAUGCAGCGUCUGCGUACGACUUUCACGCGCUCGCGCACCCCCACCGGCGCCGAGAUGAAGACCCAAAACAGUCUCGAGGUGCCGAAACAGGUGCGUUCCGCUUCGUUUGAUGAAAUGCAAUUAGAGGCGCAACGUGUCUCGUCUCACCUGCUCAAGCAGCAGUCCUCGUCAUCGACGGAAGAACGUUCGCUGGACACGGGUCUGCUGCAGGUGCCGCAAGCCACGCACACGCAACGCUCACAUUCCUUCGACUCGGCGGCGGCUUCUGCGGGCAGCGAUGACUCGGGCACAUUCUUGGAAGUGCCACGUCGUAACAAGGCGCGUCGGAGUUCGUCUACGAAAACGCCACCACCGUGCGUGCACUGUAUGUACUUGGAGGAGUAUUUGAAGCAGCAGAAGUCAGAACAGACAUUACAUUACAUGGCAGGUGAUCGGCGUGAAUCGAUAUCACUGUCAUACGGUUACAGCAGUUCUGACGACGAUACAGACAUCGAUGGUGUGAGUGUGACGGCGGACGAUGAGGUGGUGGAGGAGGACGAUGAGGAGGACGCCGCCACUGGCGAUGGCACCGAAACUGGUGGCGGUUCAUAUGAAUACGAUGAUGCGGCACUGGAGAUGGACAUCAGAUUGGGUGGUUUGAGCACGGGCAGCAGCAUUGAGGAGUCACGUGCACGUCUGCCACGUCAAAUGCGUCGGCAUACCAUUGGCAGCUCAGUGACCACAUCGGAAGAUGAAGGACUAGAAGAAUCCGAACAUGAUUCGCCGCACUUUGGUAAUACGUUGCUGCCACCUUUGCCGACGACACCUUGCGGCAUCACAUUUACACUUUCGCCCACAAACGGCGACUGCCCGCCCUUUCCGUAUGCUUUCCCCAUCGAUCCCGGCUCGCCACCACCUUCACCAUCCAUUUCGCUGUCCGUAUGCGACAGUCCGAUGAUGGAAUUGCCACCACCUCCGCCCAUCUCACCACUUGAACUAUUGCCUCAUUCACCCAUCUUUGAUUUGCCAUUGCCGCCACCACCCGGUUUUAGCAGCCGAUUGAGCGCAGCGGAUGCAGAUGAUGCUGCAGCAGUGCCACCCUCACCGACCGCCAUGCGUCCACGUCGUCGCUCCAUCUCACGACAAGAAGCGAUUUUCGUUGAGCCAACAGGCAAUUCGCUGGAGAAUGUAUCGCAGGGCGAGGAUGUCAAGUCGUCCGUGGAGGCGGUGGAUUCGGUGGAUGAGGCGUCCACAGUGGCUACUUGUGGCUCGCCGACAGCAGCUAAACAUGCGCUGGUUGUACGUGAUAUUUAUCUAACUGUACCUGAUUUGAAGCGCGACCGUGCCGCCUCGGUGGACUCGUGCUUUUCGAAAAUGUCAUCGGCGGGCAAAACAGAGGAGCUGCAGCCCAGCGAGGAUGGCUGUUUUCUCACCGUGCCGAAUAUAAAUGCGACCCGUUCGCGAUCUGUGGACAUUGUGCUGCCGACCGACGAGCAGGCACGCUACAAGGCUCUCGCCAUGACGGGCGCUUGUCGAGACGGACGUUCUGCGUCCGCGAGUAAUGCCCGACGGCCGAUUCGGAUUGUGCCCGACUGGACCGAGAACGCGGUGCAGGGAGAACACUUCUGGAAGCCCACGUCGGCGUCCGGCGACCUUUGCUGCUUGAACGAGGAGUGCAUUAAAAGUGGUCAACGCAUGAAGUGCUCGGCUUGCCAAUUAAUUGCGCAUCAAAAUUGCAUUCCAAUCGUCAAUGAAAAGACUCAAUUAGCGUGUAAGCCAACAUUUCGGGACGUGGGCGUAAGACAAUACCGGGAGCAGUCCACGACGCACCAUCACUGGGUGCAUCGCAAAAUGGAGAAGGGCAAGUGCAAGCAGUGCGGCAAGGCUGUCCAGGGUAAACUGUUUGGUUCCAAGGAGAUAGUGGCACUGUCCUGCGCCUGGUGUCACGAAGUCUACCACAACAAGGAGUCCUGCUUUAAUCAAGCCAAAAUCGGCGAAGAGUGCACUUUGGGCAAUUACGCGCCAAUUAUCGUGCCACCGUCUUGGAUCGUCAAGUUGCCCACUAAAGGUAAUUUUAAAUCCUCCAUACGAGUGAACAACAAGACCAAUGUGACCAUAACCAGCAGUAAGAAGAAGGGUGCGAGUAAACGGCAAAAGCAAAAGGAAGAGAAGAAAGAGCCGCGCGCUUUCAUCGUGAAGCCGAUACCAUCGCCCGACGUAAUACCCGUGAUUGUGUUCAUCAAUCCCAAGUCGGGCGGCAAUCAAGGUGUCAAGCUGUUGGGUAAAUUCCAACAUCUGCUGAACCCUCGACAAGUUUUCGACUUAACACAAGGUGGUCCAAAGAUGGGUUUGGAGCUAUUUCGGAAAGCGCCUAACUUGCGCGUCUUAGCGUGUGGCGGUGACGGAACCGUAGGUUGGGUACUCUCUGUGCUGGACAUGUUGAACCCACCCAUAACGCCGGCGCCAGCUGUUGGUGUGCUGCCCUUAGGUACUGGCAAUGAUCUCGCUCGCGCUCUCGGUUGGGGUGGUGGCUACACCGAUGAGCCGGUCAGUAAGAUAUUGCGAGAAAUCGGCAUGUCCCAGUGUGUGCUGAUGGAUCGCUGGCGUCUGAAUGUCACGCCCAACCGUGAGGUGGAAGACGACAAUGUAAGCCGCAGCAAGGACAAUGUUCCGUUAAAUGUGAUCAAUAACUAUUACUCCUUCGGUGUCGAUGCGCACAUCGCACUCGAAUUCCACGAGGCGCGCGAAGCGCAUCCAGAGCGCUUCAACUCGCGUCUGCGCAACAAGAUGUACUACGGUCAAAUGGGCGGCAAAGAUCUGAUCUUGCGACAGUAUCGGAAUCUCUCGCAGUGGGUGACGCUCGAGUGCGACGGCCAGGAUUUCACGGGUAAACUGCGCGACGCCGGCUGUCAUGCAGUGCUCUUUCUAAACAUUGGCAGCUAUGGCGGCGGCACCCAUCCCUGGAACGAUUCGUUCGGCCAAUCCAAGCCAGCCAUCGAUGACGGCAUGUUAGAGGUGGUCGGCCUGACCACUUACCAGCUGCCCAUGCUGCAGGCCGGCUUGCACGGCACCUGCAUAUGCCAGUGUCGGUCGGCGCGCAUCGUCACCAAGAAGACAAUCCCGAUGCAGGUGGACGGCGAGGCGUGCCGCGUGAAGCCAUCAAUUAUCGAAAUGAGUUUGCUGAACAAAGCGGUUAUGCUGGCCAAACGCAAACACGGACGCGGCGAUGUACAAGUGAACCCAUUGGAGAAACUACAUUUAACGAUUUUGCGCAUCACGAUGCAACAAUACGAGCAAUAUCACUACGACAAGGACAUGUUGCGCAAAUUGGCCAAUAAAUUGGGCAAAAUGGAGAUCGAGUCGCAGUGCGAUUUGGAGCAGGUGCGCAACAUGCUCAACGCCAAAUUCGAGGAAUCGAUCACAUACCCGAAGGUAUCGCAAGAUUGGUGCUUCAUCGAUUCCUGCACCGCGGAGCACUACUUCCGCAUCGAUCGCGCCCAAGAGCAUCUGCACUACAUUUGUGAUAUCGCCAUCGACGAGCUGUACAUUCUGGACCACGAAGCCGCCACGAUGCCGCAAACGCCUGACCAGGAGCGCUCCUUCUCUGCCUACUCACAGCGGAUUGGCGCACAAAACGAGCGCCGCAAUAUGGAUCAGCAAGGCCGCUCCGGCAGCACCGACGAUGAUUUGCAAAUCGGAAAACCCAUCAAAGUUAUGAAAUGGAAGAGCAAUAAAGAUCGCUUAUUCAGUUUCAACGAAGACGUCUUCGGUUACGGAUUCAGCUCUAUACUGGAACAAACUUCCGAUGCCGUACUACUAGCGGCGCACCAAGGCGACCUGAAUAUGUUACGUGCACUACAUGAACAAGGAUACUCACUACAAUCAGUAAACAAGAACGGACAGACAGCACUGCAUUUCGCCUGCAAAUACAAUCACAAGGACAUCGUCAGAUACAUAAUAUCGUGUGCCUCGCGACGUCUGAUCAACUUGGCAGACAAAGAUAGGGGACAAACAGCACUACACAUUGCUGCCGAGCACAAUCGGCGCGACAUUUGUGUAAUGCUCGUGGCUGCCGGCGCCAAUCUACAAGCUCGCGACCUAUGCGGCAAUACACCGAUGAUGGUGGCCUUCAACAAGAACUCUACGGAGAUUGCAACAUAUUUGGAAAGUAAGACGCUUUGUGCUGCCAUACACACAACAACAGUUUUGCCAAAAAAGCGCAAUAAAACACAACAACAAAAACCGUAAUGUGCAGCUAAGCAAUAGAUGAACGCGCUAGACAGCCGAACACAUACACACACACACACACUUAGAAAUAGUAAACUUCCCCAAACGCUUAGCCACGCUUUAAACGCGGGCAAUGGCAGUAGUUUGCAAUCAAAAAAAUCAAAAUCAAAACAAAAACAUUGCAGUGAUUGAAUUUAUAAUAGGCUUAGAAUUAUCAAAUACAUAUGUACAUAUAUUUUUGUAAGUUGGUUUGUGUGAAUCCUGUUAUCGUAAGAGUUUUAAGUUGCAUAUAAUUUCCAGUUUGUUUCCGUGCUUUAUUUCAUUUAGCUUUAAAUAAGACAAACCUGUAUUUCUCAUUGUUUUAUAAGCGCUUGGAUUCAUCAAUUUGUGUUUGAAAUAUUUAUGUAAUACCUUCUUUGCGAAGUGUCGGCAGUAAUCAUUAUCAAAACUAUAUAUAAUUUUAGCUACUCACACUUUUCUAAUUAAAUUAAAUAUUUCUUUUUUGUCCCGAAAACGCCAACAAUUACUAAUGAUGCACAUAAAUUUUGAAAUAAAUUAAACGAAAACGAAAAUGAAAAUGAAAAUGCAAACAUCAAAUGUGACACCCAAACAUUCCAUUUACGUAAAUUAAGGUCAAGAGCGUUUUCUCGGAAUGCAGAGACAGUCGCGAAAUUAAAGCGGCGCCUGAAUGUAUGCACCAAUAAAAAUUAAGUGAAAACCCGAGAAAUUUACUAAGCUAAAAUUAACAUUAAGUAUUUAACAAUAUCUUUACGUUUAACAAAUAAGUAUUAGAAAAAAUGCAAAAGCCCACUUGAACGGGACAAUUUAUGCUUAAAAACUUGUAGUAAAACACAUUUAUAUUACGAUAAUACAUUUUAAUUAUUUAUUAGAUAGAUUUAUGCAUUCUUAACGAGUUUCUCGCGUAUUUACAAAGAAUUCACCUAAUAAUUAAUGUGACUCAAUUAAUUUCAAAUAAGUUUUGCAUAAUUAACACCUGUGUCGUCUACCGACAAAGCCUCACACACAUAAAUCACAACAAGCACUUGAAUCCUGUUUGAAUUGUAGCAAUGCAAAGCAAUGCAAUAAUCACACCCACUGUAAAUUAUGUGUUUCGAACUAGCAACAACCUAAGACAUAAAGCAAAUUGCAAGCAAGUAGAAAAUUUGAAUAAAAACUGCAAAAAUUUGAAAUUGUAAAUGAUCAACCGCAAACAGGUUGUCCGUAAAACACACGUUUGAGUUAGUUGCAAGCUUCUUGUAGCAACAAAAACAUUAAAAAAACAACGCGAAUAGAGCGAAGAAGAAAUCAAAUUGUGAUAUGAGAAUUAUUAUGAAUAUUCUGCGAAAGUAAAAAAAAAAAAUGGGUAUAAAACUGAAAUGACCUAGUUUUAGAGUCAUUUAUUUUGACGACAAUGGAAACAUAAUUACAUAAAACAAGCAUAAUCUAAUAUAUUAACUUAUAGAGCUCAUAUUAAUUCUAGAAGAAAAUCGAAUACAAUUGUAGUUAAUUUAAGAGAAAAUUAAGACGUCAACAAUUAAAUUAUAAACUGUAGCUUUAAACACUCAAACACACACUCAAAUUGAUAUUCUAAUGUAAAUAUUCAUGUAAAUAAGUAAUACUCAACGAACUGUAAGACAAAAUGCUGUAAGAACACACUUUCGUUUCGAAUUUAAAUUGCUUUUAUGAACAUGAAUUUAAAAUAAAUACAAACAAAAUACA